AUGCAUGCUGUCCAGUCGCAGCCGCUCAGCCGAGGAGACAUCAGCCUGGAUGAGUUUUCCGAGAACGAGGGUGCGGACAAGUCCGAAGUACCUCCUUCACCGACCAACAACAUCGACGUGUCUCCUGUGCCGACGUUGCGGACACCGGCGGCGCCGGCGCAGACGGUCCAGAACCUCCAUGCUGAGCGGAGUCGGGAGUGUGCUCAGUUCGGCGAGGAGGCCAGGGACGAGAUACAUGAGCCAGCAAGCUGUUAUGCAUCUCUUCAGAUGAGUCCACAUCCAUCAGCUUACACAUUUUGUGGCCUGCAUGCUGAUUCGGUUCUCGGGGAAGCUACACUUGACAUCGUCUGA